UGGGUCUAGGUUGAAAAGGUGGAUGCAAGAUGCAAGCGACUUCUCAAUCCCCUUGAAGAACCUGUUUUCUCUUCACAUACGCUUCUCGCUCUCCCGACUUCCCUCGAAGAGACCGUCCUGGUGUGCAAUUCUUCGAUCUUCUUCCUCAUUAAACUUCCAAUUUUCUCUCUGAUUUCCUCAUUGUUUCUCUACUUCCGUAGUAAUAACAUUUUAUCUUAGGGGACACAUUGAGGGAUAAAAUCAAUUGGCGAAUUGGAAUUCUACUGUUUUUUUUUCUUUGUUUUGGGAAAAUUCGUUCCUUUAGAAUUCUAAUCUGUUCAGGAAAGUUGAGGAUAAGAACUAAUCUAGCCAAGGUUCAUCUGUGUGGACGAGUGUCAGUGGGUCGACACCCGCAAACCGGUCCUGAUCACGUGGAAUGUGAGCCCUGCUGUGCGAUGUUGCCACGUAUAUGCAUGAUUUCCCAAAAGUGCAUCCACCGCAGACUGACUGCACGCAACAUGCGUGCACGCACGCAUCGUUCGCUCCCCUCUAACCGACAUUCGUACAAUUUCGGGAAAACUGACUCUCGAGAUUCGGGUUCCACCAAACCAGCCGAAACCUGUUUUCCCUUGAUCGCCAGUUCCACGCCUUUUCUCCGGGCCACCGUUCCCCCUGGAAACGAUCCUUAUGUGUGUUACAGGGUCAAUCCUCGAUGAAAUGUUGCGCGCCGGUAACGAGAGGCUCGUUUGCAAAUUCCGUGAGAAAGGUUAGAUCGUUUCUCUCCUAUGGGAAGAGAGCGUCGCAAAUUGUAAACUUCGUUCAGGAGUUUCUAGCAUGGAAGACUAGUCAUUCCACUAGCGAGAACUGCAAUUGGAAAUUUAUAUGAGUUAUAAAAUAGUGAAGCUAUAUGUGCAAUGCAAAACUGUAAGAUCAUUUUUCUCCUAUGGAAGAGCAUUGCAAGUUGUAAGCUGCAUUCAGGUAUCUAACAUGUAAGAUUAAUACUAUUGGCGAGAACUAUAUGUGUAAGCAUAAUUAAUAAGAAUUAUUAUCACUAUACAAUACACAAUAAUACAUAAUAAUAAAUAUGUAAAACACGUUAAGUUGAAGUUCCUACUGUGUUUAAACUGCAUCGGUGUUGUAAUUUUUAAAUAAAUACGUGAACCGUACAACUCAAACAAAUUAAAUCGAUCAUUGUCGUUCCUGCAUCUCCUCCCUUCUUCCGAUUAUCCCUUGAUCUUCUCAAAGUUCGAAAAUUAAGUUUAAGCUCGUCUUCACGUUCAAAAUAUAAGAACUGCUAAAUUUUGGGCUAAAUUCGAAUAACGCGAAUUCAUUUAAAAAUUCUUGGUUACUUCUGAAGCCAAUCUUUCUAACUGCCCGUUAGAAAAUCGAGAUAAAAGUCGGUUCGUGUGACGUUCGAUUUCAAACGUUAUCGAUCCAAUAAUCGAAAUCAUCUUCACGCUUCUUCGUUGGACAUAAAUGAAACAUAACCUAUACACGCACGAUAUACAAAUGAAAUUCAAAUCUCUCUCUGUCAACCAUUCAGAUUUCUGGAGAUGGCGCUCAAGUUAGGUUAUCUUGUUUUACUGACCUGAAUCCGUGCGUAAAACGUCGCUUAGACGUUUGAAAGCUAUCAAUCGUGUACGUUAAAAUCUCUUUUGAAUUGUCACCAGUAUACUGUAUUAACAUGGAGGCAUUGGUGCAAGAAAUAAUCUCAGGCACGAGCGACGAAUUUUCAAAGAACAUUGCCGCCUUUCAGGAAGCUUAUGGAAGCAGAAUCAUAUUCGGAGAACUAAACAACGAUGAUCUACGAGAGAAACUGUGGCAGAGAUUGUUUCAAUGUCUCUCAGAUAAUUCACAGUUGUUACUCCAUCACAGCUGUUUAUCCGUUUUACGUAUACUUAGAGACAAAACAAAGUUAUACGAAUUAAUCACAGACGAAAGACUAGGUAUUAUAAUAGAUAACGCAGCUUUAAAGGACACAAAUGCAAAAGAGCAUACUUAUACCAAUGUUACCAUCGAGGCGCUCAAAGUGCUGUUCAAUUUAAUAUUCAAUAGUACAAAGGUACAAGAAAUAUUACCGAAAACAUCUUGUCUGCAACGCCUAAUUGAACGUAUGAAGAACUAUAGCGACGACAUUCCAUAUGAAAUAAUAAUUGUAUUUCUCAUUACUGCUUUAAAUAUUGCCACCAGACAAGUUAUUAAAACAGAAUUAAAUGGAGAUAAAUGUCUGGUAAAACUAUUGGAGAAUAUAACCAGUCGAGAAGUGAAAUCUCAUGUUAUCAAGGAGGAUAAUAUGACAUUGCUGUGUGAAAUUUUAAAGGCAUUAUUUAAUUUGUACAUGAGUUCAGAUAAUGCGACAGAAGAUGAGAAAAACGAUUUAGUUUUAAUUUUGAAAAAGUUAUUGUUGUCUAAAUGUGAGAAAGAAGAUGAUCUUCAUAGAAGACUAGAUAACAGAAAUGAUUUAGUAGGAAAUCUUGCUCCAAUUGUUACUACACUUAUCAGAAUGGUUAAAGCUGAGAGGUUGAUCAGAAAAUAUAUUAGGUUACAGAUUUUACCACCUUUAAAGGAUGUGAUGCAUCGUCCAGAAGAAGGAACUACUUUAAGGGCGAAACUGUGUAAAUUAUUGACUUCUCCCGUGGUAGAGGUACGAGAUCUCGUUGCAGAAUUUUUAUUCAUACUGUGUAAAGAGAACGUUGCUCGUAUGGUCAAGUAUACCGGAUAUGGGAAUGCUGCUGGCAUGUUUGCAAAUAAAGGAUUAUUGGGAUCAAGUAGAAAAAAGCCAACUUAUUCUUCUGAAUCAGAAGAUAGCGAAACUGAGGAAUACUUGAAGCAUAAGGAACAGAUUAAUCCUGUAACUGGUUGCUUCGAGCAUCCAAAACCUAAUCCUUUGGAAGGAAUGUCGGAAGAACAGAAAGAGUAUGAAGCUUUGCAACUUGUUGGCCUUGUUGACAAAUUAACGAGGAUUGGGGAUGAUGGAAGACCAAAACCGAUCGAACACGUCUUGGAAUUGCAAGAGGAACUGCCAAAGCAACAAUAUACCCGACAGGACUCUGAUUCAGAUUGA